AUGUUGAAGGGGUGUUGUUCUAAACCCCGUGUUAAGAACCACACCAAGGGUGAUGCGUGCCUCAGCUAUGCCGUUGAUGAGAGCCACAUCAUUGAUGGUGUCCUCUAUCCACGUUAUGAGCGAGAAAUCGAUCAUGAUGGCUUCGAAUGUUCUCACCACACCUUGAAAUUCCAUGGAUGCGAUUGGGAUAUUCCUCUUACACAGCGGCGCAGUGAGUUGACAAGGAGCUUUAUUGAAGACGCGAGCGUCGCCACGAACGAAUCGGAAGAUAAUAUUAAGAACUUGCGGUUCUUUGUGGACGACACCUACCUGCUCGUGAAGUUUACACUACGACAUCAAAGUAGUAUAUCCGCUGAGAGCAUACAGAGCGACCUAAUUCAUUACAGGUGGAAAAGAACAAAGUCGCUUUAUCAACCUCGCGAAAAGAAGCCACGCCCGUUACCCUUAACAGAUACGGAAGAAGACAAAUACUCACUGAGGAAUCCAAAGCCACAUUUAGCAUGCGAUCUGAAUAAGUUCGGCCGUCCCAACACCGGCGAGGAGGGCCCUACGUUUCGGAAUGAAAAGGAUACCGACGAGGAGCCAUUUCCAUACGAGGUUCAGAGGUCCGCGUCGGAAAAGGUAAAUGCCAUAUACGGUAACUUGAGUGUUCUUUAA